AUGUGGUCCAAGCUCGUAACUACCGCGCUCCUCACUCUCUCUUUGGUCGACACUCUGGCAGAUGCCCGCGACCCGCAGGGUCUUCGAGGUCGAAAGCCCGCGGCUCUUCAAGCAAAAAAGGAAGCCAAGCGGGAAUACAUGGAGAGAGAAGCUUUGAAGCUUGAGGAGAGCCGGGCGUACUUGGAGGAGAGGGACUCUGACAAGAGGUACUACAACAACAAGACUUCCGAGUUCUUUGUCGACUCUCUCCCCGAUGUCCCAUUCGACCUCGGCGAGCUGUACUCGGGCCUCAUUCCCAUCAACUACUCCGACACCUCCAGAGAGCUCUUCUUCGUCUUCCAGCCCAAGCUCGGGGAAGCGUCCGAAGACCUUACUAUCUGGUUCAACGGCGGACCGGGAUGCUCGUCCCUAGAGAGCUUCCUGCAGGAGACCGGUCUUUGGAUAUGGCAGCCCGGGACUUAUGAGCCUGUAUUGAACCCGUACGCUUGGGUCAACUUGACCAACAUGCUUUGGGUCGAGCAACCUGUCGGCACUGGCUUCUCUACCGGUACCCCCACCGCGACCACCCAAGAGGAGACUGCACAGGACUUUGUCAAGUGGUUCAAGAACUUUGAGGACACUUUUGGGAUCAAAAACUAUAGAAUCUUUGUUACUGGCGAGUCUUAUGCUGGGAGGUAUGUGCCUUACGUCUCGGCUGCUAUGGUCGACGAACAGGACAAGUCAUACUAUAACCUUUCGGGCGCUUUGGUGUACGACCCUUGUAUCGGCGAGUUCGACUAUGUGCAGGAAGAGAUCCCUACCUACCCUUUCGUCGAAGCCAACAACAACCUCUUCAACUUUAACGCCUCCGUCAUGGCCGAGCUCAAGGGCUUGCACGAAUCUUGUGGAUACAGGCAGUACAUCGACGACUACCUCGUGUUCCCUCCCAAGGGCCAGCAGCCCCAUCUGUUCUUCAACUAUUCGGACCCUGCCAAUGCGACGUGUGGCUUGUUCGACAUCGUCAACGAGUUGGCGCUUCAGAUCAACCCUUGCUUUGACAUCUACGAGAUUAACUUGAUGUGCCCUAUUACAUGGGACGUCCUCGGCUUCCCCACCGAACUCACCUACGCUCCUGGUGGAGUCUACUUUAACCGCUCCGAUGUCAAAGCUGCUAUCCACGCUCCCGACUAUGUCGACUGGGCCAGCUGCGCUGCUGAGCCAGUGUUUGUGGGAGGAGACGAGGGACCGCAGGCGGAAGGUGAUUUGUCGUUGGAUCCGAUCCAGUAUGUCUUGCCCAAGGUCAUCGAGGCGACAAACAGGGUGUUGGUCAGUAACGGAGACUAUGACAUGAUCAUCAUCACCAACGGCACGCUGCUCGCUAUCCAAAACAUGACCUGGAACGGCGAGCUCGGGUUCCAGUCCGCCCCAGAGGAGGAGAUCUACAUUGCCAUCGAAGACACCCAGUGGUCUACCGUCUUUGCCGAGAACGGUCUCAGCGGGCCCGGAGAGCAGGGUACUAUGGGCGUCCAGCACUAUGAGAGAGGUCUCAUGUGGGCGCAGACGUUCCAGUCGGGACACAUGCAGCCGCAGUACCAACCCCGAGUCGCCUACCGACACUUGGAGUGGCUCCUUGGUUUCACCGAAAAGAUCUAG